AUGUUCAAAUUCUCCAAGUCCUCCAAGUCCUCCACCCCCAAGGUCUCUGGCAGAUCCGUCAAGGCUAGCACAGCAUCCAACUAUGAUUCCGAAAGCAUCAUGACCGUCGACUCUGUUGCCGUUGCCAAGGAGCAGGCCAAGGAACAGACCAAGGCGAAGGCCCAAUAUGUGCACAAGGAAAACAUGUACUCCCGAUAUCUUGCGAAUUCCCCGAGGCAAUGGGGUUAA